CGAAGUGGCAGGGGGGCGGGUGAGGUGUGCUAGAAACGAUUUGACCUCCUACCCUUGGGGAUCUUAUAGUCUAGAAUCAGGCCCUGUCACAUUUUAUUGGGGGUGGAAUUCGAGGAAAUCUCCUUGGAGAAAGUAGCAGAUGGGCGGGAUUUCAACUGGAGAGAAUGGAGGAAAUAAAUUAAAAUGGUCAUUCCGAGUCAAGAGAACUGUUUGAGCAAGGAAGAAGGAGGUUUAAGGAAUCUACAGACAUAGUCGUCUGGCAGGAAACAGGUCUUGAAAAUGCCUUGGGGCCUGUAAGAUUCAGUGUUUUCCUUUCAAGAUGCCCCUCUCAGACUUUGUUCUGGCCCUGAAGGACAAUCCCUACUUUGGGGCUGGAUUUGGGCUGGUGGGUGUGGGCACAGCCCUGGCCCUGGCCCGGAAAGGUGCCCAACUGGGUCUGGUGGCAUUCCGGCGCCAUUACAUGAUCACACUGGAAGUCCCUGCUCGAGACAGGAGCUAUGCCUGGUUGCUUAGCUGGCUCACCCGCCACAGUACCCGAACUCAGCACCUCAGUGUCGAGACUUCGUACCUUCAGCACGAGAGUGGCCGCAUCUCCACUAAAUUUGAAUUUGUCCCCAGCCCUGGAAACCACUUUAUCUGGUAUCAAGGGAAAUGGAUCCGGGUGGAACGGAGCCGAGAGAUGCAGAUGAUAGACCUGCAGACGGGGACCCCCUGGGAAUCUGUCACCUUCACGGCUCUGGGCACUGACCGAAAGGUCUUCUUCAGCAUCCUGGAGGAAGCUCGAGAGCUAGCCUUGCAGCAGGAGGAAGGGAAGACAGUGAUGUACACAGCUGUGGGCUCUGAAUGGCGCCCCUUUGGCUAUCCACGCCGCCGCCGGCCACUGAAUUCUGUGGUUCUAGAACAGGGUCUGGCUGACCGAAUUGUCAGAGACAUCCGGGAAUUCAUCGAUAACCCCAAGUGGUACACUGACAGAGGCAUUCCCUACAGACGUGGCUACCUGCUUUAUGGGCCCCCUGGUUGUGGAAAGAGCAGUUUUAUCACAGCCCUGGCUGGGGAACUGCAGCACAGCAUCUGCCUGCUGAGUCUCACAGACUCCAGCCUCUCUGAUGACCGGCUCAACCACCUGCUGAGCGUGGCACCGCAGCAGAGCCUGGUGCUCCUGGAGGAUGUGGACGCUGCCUUUCUCAGUCGAGACCUGGCUGCGGAGAACCCAGUAAAGUACCAAGGUCUAGGUCGUCUCACUUUCAGCGGCCUGCUCAACGCCUUGGAUGGCGUGGCUUCCACUGAGGCACGCAUUGUGUUCAUGACCACCAACCAUGUUGACAGGCUCGACCCUGCCCUGAUACGCCCUGGGCGAGUAGACCUGAAGGAGUACGUGGGCCACUGCUCACGCUGGCAGCUGACCCAGAUGUUCCAGAGGUUCUAUCCAGGGCAAGCAGCUUCCCUGGCUGAGACCUUUGCAGAUCGUGUCCUUCAAGCUACAACUCAGAUCAGUCCUGCCCAGGUGCAGGGCUACUUCAUGCUGUAUAAAAGUGACCCUGCAGGGGCAAUUCACAAUGCGGAGUCUCUGAGGAGGUGACAACUGGGCUGUGCCCAACCCUCUCCUCCUCCAGGGGAUCAAUAAACACCUGCCAUGCUA